AUGGAGCUUGCCGAUAACUUUCCGCGCCUUUAUCCCGCACCUCCUAUUCUUGCACACUCUCAUCGUACUCGGCCUUCAGUAGCUGGUGAUCGCGGAUUGACCCAAGGCUCGAUCAAUGAGCAGCGCAUGUGCGAUCAGCAAUAUCUCCAUAGUCUUGCGUCCAAGGUCGAGAACAUUGACUUGCUGAUACUUCACCAUGCUGCGCAACAUCAACACGUGGAGAAGGAAGAGGUUCGACAACACAUGAUUUUGGACCCAAAGAAGGACGCCGAACAGAUUCGAGACUACAUCGCCGAGAAUCCACAGUUUGCUCUCUGUGAUGCUUUGCUGUCUCUACAGCAACUCCUCCCGGAGCUCAGACGCGCCCUGACAAACCGCACGCUAUUUCGGGAUCUGCAGGCGCGACUUGAGUUCUUUCAAAGAAUCAAGUUGGCGGUUCUUUCCUCCAAGCAACUUAUCGAGCACGAUUUGGAGACCAGGCAACUCUUCGAAGACUUGUCACGUCGGCUUCAGCAAGAUACGACAUCCCACCCUGUUCAUGCCGACGGCGAGCGAACUCCGCCAUGGCUUUCAUGGAGCAGGCCGGGUCCGCUCAGAAAGGAGGCACCAUUUCUUACAGUGUGUCCAGGACUGCGGAUGUUCUGCGCCCAGAUCAUUGCACCCAACGGUGUUGCGAUCAUCGAGCAUUGGAGGGGCAAGUUGGAGGUUGUUGUCGGUACACUCCUCGUGACCGCAGGUAUGCAGCCGCACUUGACCCGCCAAAUGCCACCCGAUAUGCACUCUGUCAUCUCAAUGACGAAGAUUCGACCCGACGGAAAACGCGCCGUGGUUGCAGUGCCUUCAAUCGCUCCAGGAAUUGAGAGGUGUCGAAAUGUGUACGCUUUUGGGAAGCAGGAGCAAGUUGCUGAGAUGGGCAGAUUCAUGGCUGCGCUGACGGAUGAUGUGGUCUACUUGAGAGCAAGGUGGAUGUCUAUUGUGUCAAACUGCGCGCGCGUUGAAGACAUCAUCGAGGACGUGGAAUACGAUGCAAGGCUGCUGAACGAUGCAGAAGCGUUCUCGUUCUGA